GUGAAAUCAAAUGAUCAACCAAAUCGUGUAGAGAUAAACAUGAAAGUGGUGGAAGUGUUGAGGCCUGAGGUCGAUAAGCUGCAGCAAUUUAUGCUUUUCACGAACGAUGCCAUCUCUCGAUUCUGCGAAGAAGUCCGUCGUCUAUGUCAUAUUGAAAAACGGAAGGAUUUUGUCUCUGAAGCUUAUCUGCUAACCUUGGGACGGUUUCUGAACAUGUUCGCCGUUUUGGAUGAGCUGAAAAACAUGAAAGCAUCUAUCAAGAACGAUUUUUCUACCUUUCGACGGUCUGCACAAUUUUUGCAAGUGAUGUCUGAUACCCAAACGAUUCAUGAUAUGCAGAAUUUGAGCAUGUUUUUGGCUACACAAAAUAAAAUUAAGGAUGACCUCAAAGCACGGAUGGUAAAGAUUGAAGCAUAUGAGGAGCUGCUGGCUGAUGUUAUCAAUAUAUGCGCUCACAUGUUCGAAAACCACCUAUAUCUUUCACCCUCUGAACGCCAUAUGUUUGUCAAGGUCAUUGCAUUUUCAUUGUUUCUCAUGGAUGGAGAUGCGGCCAAUGUAGCGAAGAUGGAUCAGAAAAAGCGUUUGAGCAUAAGUCGCUUGGAUAAGAUAUUUAAGGUAAAACCUUAG